ACACCGGCCACACUACUGAAAACUGAAUUGCUUAAAAUCUCCUGCAAGACGCCCUCUUAUUUCUCGACUUGGCCUAGGCUUUGAAAACGGCUAUAUUUUCCUGCCGGUAAAAUCAUUUAUAAUGAAAGUUUUCGUAUGUCUUUUGGCCGUAUUUGGCCUAACUGUUGCAGAUGGUGAUGUUUUAGAAUUUACAGACGAUACCUUCAAAAGCGAGAUUGGAAAACAUGAUAUAAUUUUGGUAGAAUUUUUUGCCCCUUGGUGUGGCCAUUGUAAAAAACUUGCUCCAGAAUAUGAGGUGGCAGCUACUAAACUUAAACGUGCUGAUCCUCCAGUUCCCCUCGCUAAGGUAGACUGUAUAGAAAACAAAGACACUUGCUCUGAAUUUGGCGUCAGUGGUUAUCCAACACUAAAGAUAUUCCGUGAUGGAGAGAUUUCAUCUGAUUACCAAGGACCAAGAACAGCUGAUGGAAUUGUGAGUACAAUGAAGAAACAGUCAGCACCUGUAACCAAGGAGUUGAGCACUGUUGAUGAAAUAAACGCAUUCAUUGACAACUUUGAUGUUGGUAUCGUAGGAUAUUUUACCAGUGCUAAUAAUGCCAAGUCAGAGUUUGCCAAGGCAGCAAGCAAGCUGUUUGAAGAUUACCGCUUUGCAUUCACAAUAUCUGAAGAUGCCCUUAAAGAAUUUGGAUACUCAGAUCAAGUUGUGUUGUACAGACCAAAACGACUUAAAAGCAAGUUUGAAGAGAAUGAAGUUGUUUUCGAAGGCGAUGUCAAAUCUGGAAAAUUGCAAACAUUUAUAACUGAUAACAGCAAAGGUUUGUGUGGACAUAUGACAACAGACAACCAAGAUCAAUUCCAGAAACCACUUCUUGUUGCAUAUUACAAUGUCGAUUAUGAAAAGAAUCAAAAAGGCACAAACUACUGGAGAAACAGAGUAAUGAAGGUAGGCAAGAAGUAUGCAGGGAAAACUUUGAACUACGCUGUUGCCAACAAAGGUGAAUUUGCUUUGGCUUUAGAGGAAUAUGGACUUGCAGACACCGGGUCUGAUUUACCAGUGGUUGUCAUACAGGGAAGCAAAGGAGAAAAAUUCAGGAUGGAGGAUGAAUUCUCUCGUGAUGGUGCCACCCUAGAUGCCUUUAUAACUGCAUUCUUUGACGGCAAGCUUGAACAGUAUCUAAAGAGUGAACCGAUCCCUGAAGAUGAUGAAGGGCCAGUCAAGGUUGUGGUUGCCAAGAAUUUUGACAAAGUCGUUAAUGAUGACACUAAGGAUGUUCUAAUAGAAUUUUAUGCCCCGUGGUGUGGCCAUUGUAAGAAACUUACACCAAUUUAUGAAGAACUAGCCAGUAAGUUGGCUAAUGAUGAAAAUAUAGUUAUUGCUAAGAUGGAUGCUACUGCUAAUGAUGUUCCACAACCAUUUGAAGUUAGAGGCUUUCCAACAUUAUACUGGGCCCCAAUGAGUGGCAAACCAAAGAAGUAUGAGGGUGGACGGGAAAUUGAUGAUUUCGUAUCAUACAUCAAACGAGAAGCUACAAAGAAGCCUGUUGACCUCACCUCCAAGAAAACCGAGUUGUAACUGGGAAAUUUUUUAACAUUGAUACAACUGAUUUUUUUUUUUUCCUCUUUUUUGGUUAUUAAAUCUUGGUAGCUUAAAUAAUUUUGAGUAAACUAGCUGCAAAACACAGUGAAGCCAAGUAAAACUAGCUGCAAAUCACAGUGAAGCCAACUCUCAGUUUUAAUUGUUUUUGCCAUCCUGACAAAUAUAAAUGAAAAUAGAAAUAUGAAAUAUGCUGAUAAUUAGAAUUCUUUGGAUGAAAGACUUUUGACCUGGAUCUUCAUUGGGAUUCAUUGUAGUACUUAGGUGGUGACAUGUUGUAGAAGGACCUAAUGCUAAUCUUAAAUGUUUUACUACCUUGUUCAGAUGACCACUGGUGGGGAAACAUUCAGAUCUUUCAAAGGAGAUUAAUUCCGAGUUUAUUCUGUUUGUAGUAAAUUUUUAUUUAUUAUUGCAAUAUGCUUGCACUGCCAGAAUGACCAAACAAUUAAAAAUAAUAUUAAAUCAUGAUGAAUUUACCUAUCAAUCAUGCCUUCAUUCUUGCAGCAUCUGUUUUUGUUGAAUAUUUUUCUUCAGUUUCAGCAAGAAUAAAUGCAAAAUAAAGCUCUAUGAUAAUUGGAUCAAAAUGUGUCUAGCUGCUCAUUAUUUAGUUUUUUUUUUUAGAGAGUAAAUUAUUCUUGUUUAUAUUUGCUUCCUUUACCGCCAAACCUUCAAAAGCAAUAAAGGUGUUGGGUACAUUUGGUUUAAAAUCAGUUUAAUAUUUAGAAUGAAUGUUGUUUCUUUAUUGAAUACAAUUCAAAUUACUGUACUGUCUUUUUUUUUUUUAGAGAAUCCUGUUCCUACUUUUUUUUUUUUUAUCAAGGUCACUGAGUCCUAAAUUAAAGUAACCCCCUUUUCAAAUAGAAAAGAUAUAUAAUAAAAUAGAUUCUUUUGUUUUUCAAAGCAUGUGACCAAUUUGUUGUUGCUCAAUUCUAAGUAAUGACAUCAGCAGUGUUUAAUGGCUGUUGUAAUACCGGUGUUCAGUUUGCGUUGUGACCUGAUUUUUAUCAUUGUUACGAAGAAUACAGUUUUCUCGAUCAUUUUAAAUGUGGACCGUACUGUGUUUGUUUAUUACUAUGUACUUUUACAACUGCUCUAUUUACACCAUGCUCUAUUAACCUCUAGUUUUUGAAACCACAAAAAUAGAGUGAAUAAAACAAUCACAUCAAACA